UUAUUACUUUUUAAAGUAGCAGUUGGCGUUCAGUUUAAGGAGCCACUUAAUUACGAUUCGAUCUACGACCGGGGAUUCACACAAAAUUCCAGUCGGUGACGACGAUGGCGUCGACGGAAUCGCGGCCCUCUCCUCCUCGGCCUCGAAGCGGGGAGAUCCGUCGCGACGAUGUCUUUGGACGCUGCGUGCUGUUCUCCCCCGCCCGCUCGCGCCGCCCCUCCGACUUCAAAUCCCGGUCUCCUGCCUCCUCCUCCUCCAACCCUAACUCUAAGCCCUUCUGCGCCUUCUGCGCCGGCCACGAGAGCGAGUGCGCGCCGGAAAUAUUUCGCUUUCCGGCUGGAUCUUUAGAUGACUGGAAGAUCCGGGUCAUCGAGAACCUCUACCCCGCUCUUAGCCGCGAUGCCGAGCACUCACCGAGCACUGCCGAUGGCCCAGAUGCCGUCAUGCCGGGAAAAUAUUCACUGACCGGAUUCGGAUUCCACGAUGUAGUCAUAGAGACUCCGGAUCACUCUGUCCGCCUUCCGGAUCUCUCCCCCGAGGAGAUUGGCCAGGUGCUGCUUGCCCACAAGCAGCGGAUCUUGCAGCUGGCGUGCCUCGAAUCGAUUAAGUACGUUCAGGUGUUCAAGAACUAUGGUGCUUCAGCAGGAGCAUCAAUGGCCCAUUCUCACAGUCAGAUCGUGGGCCUUCCACUUGUUCCUCCUUUGGUUUCUACCCGCCUUGAUAGCAUGAAGAAGUUCUAUGAUAUGACUGGGAAAUGCAGUCUAUGUGAAGUUCUUUCCAACAAUCUAUUGGUUGCGGAAACAGUCCAUUAUUUUGCGAUUGUUCCCUUUGCAGCUUCAUAUGCUUUUGAGGUGUGGAUAGUGCCACGAGGUCACACUGUUCAUUUCCAUGAAAUUGAUCAUGAAAAAGCAGUGGAUCUUGGCGGGUUGUUGAAAGUCGUGCUGGAGAAGUUGUCCAUACAGUUGAAUGACCCCCCAUACAACUUCAUGAUUCAAGCAGCGCCGCCCGACUUACCAUCCUCUUGUGCACCUUCUGUGCACUGGUUUUUGCAGAUUGUACCACACUUGAGCGUUACAGGAGGUUUUGAAAUUGGAACUGGUUGUUUUAUCAAUCCUGUUUUCCCAGAGGAUGCUGCAAAGGUCCUGAGAGAAGUUGACGGCUCAAGAUAAGUUUACUUCCUAGAGUUUUUUAAAGUUAAAUUUAACAUUGAUGAUAGAAAUAAGAUUCCCCAAUUCCUAUAUGUACAACUUGGUUGGACGACGUAGGGGAAGAAUGGUACACUUUGACCUUCGAAUUGUCAUAAUUCUACUACAAUUGAUGAUCAACAUUAUUUCUAUUUGCUCAUAGGCAUGCAACAGUGGUUGCAUUGCUUGUGCUAAUGUACUGACUUCAGUUUACAGCUUGGCCUUGUUUGAGAUUUCUUGUUCUUA